UGUAACGAGGCUGCGUUCUGGAAGUCUUUCCCCACGUGCAGGAUCGUUUCGUAAAUGCAUGCAGUUUGUUUUGAUUUUAUACUCGAAAUAGUUCAUUUCAUUCAUCAUGUUGGUGCUGUUUGAAACGCCUGCAGGCUAUGCAAUCUUUAAGGUGAGUAAACACUAUUUUUACUUGGCAUGAUAAUGCUGUUUUCUCGUAUUACGUCGAUUGCCUUGUAAAAUGUCUGAUCUGAAUCGAAGUCUUCAUAUUUCAUAUUUCUUAGCUUCUAGAUGAGAAGAAGUUACAGAAAAUUGAUAAUUUGUAUAAGGAUUUUGAGACACCAGACGCUGCCAGUAAAGUGUAAGUUUAUUUGGUGCAUCUUUCGGACAGCUAAGUCGUAAAAUAGCCAUGUAAGUUACAUGUAGAAUCAAUCAGGUUUAUAAAUACGUAGUUUUAAUUGUAAUCUAUUACGUUCACCUGUUUUAAAACUAUUUUAAGCUAAUCUCUUCUAUUCUUCAUUUAAUUUUUAUUUGCAGAGUGAAACUGAAACACUUUGAGAAAUUCAAUGAUACGACUGAAGCCUUGGCAGGUAGGUUUCACCAUGAACUCAAGUUAAACAUUGACAGCUCGAGUCAUAGGUCAUGUGCAUGUUGUAUUCUUCUCUCUCUUAGUUUCCAUAACUGCAUAUGGCUGGGAUAGUCGAAUAACACAAGUAUAAGCGCAAGCACAAAAAAAAUGGAAUGUGCUUCUCCUUGUGUCAUCGCGAUGUACGCGCAAACUGGGCUGACAUAAGCAUAAGCCGCAUGCAAGGAAAAGCACAACUUAUACAUCUAUGUUUCCAUUGCACCUGACUUUGUCAAUAGCCUACAUGGCAGGCACAAAUAAGGGGAGGGGGAGGGGGGGAGAAAAGGGGAAAAGGAACAGAGGUUUCUUUUGCUCUCUCUCUAAUCUCCCUCAUUUUUUCCCUCCCUCCCAACCCCAUACCCCUUUUGACGCCUGCUCAUGUGGAUAACCAUAGACACCUCUAUUGUGGAGAGUUCAAUUAUUCAACUGCGUUUUCUCAAGUAAUCCUGUCCAACGGCAUGAGAUUGCUUAUCUGAUGAGCUCAUCAGAUGAGUCAUCUAGGAUUAUGCUCUUGAAUGUGACUUAGGAUGAUUAUAAUAUUGUGUGGAAUUGCACCACUGCAUAACCUCUGAAGCCCUGCAAUCUUAAAAUACUGCCAUGUGUAUACUAAGUACUGAUUGUGAAAGGGUUGUGAAGGUUUCAACCCAGGAGUCCUGGCUGUUAAUAAAAGGUCCUUUCACGCAUUCAGUCAAAUCAGGAAAUAAGUCAGAGUCUGUAACAUUGAGGCAGCUGUUGUCUUGAACAUGCAUAUGAUGCUCAGUUGGUAAAAUUUAUUAUUCUCCACACCAUGUAAAAAAAUAACAUAAACAAUCACUUCUACUGUCCCAAAUAGUACUAUUUUGGGUUCCAGAGAAAUGAGUUCAAAACCUUUCUCUUUGAAUGCAUAUAUUUGUAAUAAUUAUUAGUAUACUCCAACAGAAAUCUUGCAAAAAAGCCUUUUUAUAUUCAACAUUAUUUGUAAACUUCCAUAAUACUGAUUAGUUUAAUUUUCCACCUGAUAUUAUUUUGUAUCCGUCGCCGCAAUUUUUAUGCCAUCUUUGAAAAAUUGUAAUUGAGGAGGCCUAAUUAACAUAAGCUCUAGUUUCCUUUAGGCCUCCUCGCCAUUUCUUCCUACCUUUUUUUUUGGCAUUUCUUUGUAAUUAUUGUAAUCGUGUGGCAAAUAAAUACAAUACAGUACAAUACAAUACAAUGAUGUCUGUAUUACUCUCACCUUACCCUCAGCUGCCACAGCUACAGUGGAAGGAAAAAUGAGUAAAAGCCUGAAGAAGGUGUUGAAGAAAAUUGUCGCUAAGGAUAUUCACCAAGAAUUGGCUGUCGCUGAUGCAAAAUUGGGGGGUGUGAUCAAGGUGAGUCAAUCAACAUAGAUGAAAGUGCAAAACUAAUUUUACAAAAUAACACAAUAUGUUAGUCUGCUAUAACCACCAAUGCUGGGGUGUUUGUUGGUGUCGUGGAAAGUGUUCUUGGUUCGCCUUUGUGUUGUGGUGUGGGUAUAUUGUUCAGUGUCGUUUCAGUUGUUUGUAUUGUGUUAUUUAGUGAUGGCAGCUGUCUGCAACACCAAAAACUACUCAAAACUAUGAAUGAGUACUGGCCUUUCCCUUAGCUAUUUUAGAGAGGGAACAUGCCCUCCCGGGAGGGGUACUGCCUUAUAUGGGCUAUAUAGGUAUGUGCAGCUGUGAGGGGUAUGGUUUUCAAGCAGUUUACUCUAGGAUAGGGUAAAUAAAUCAGAGCGUUUGGGUCUAGAAUAGGGUAUCAUUUUUUAGGAAACUGAUCAGUUAGUUGAAGAUUUUAUCUAGACUAGGGAUUGUGGUACAAGGUUUUGUUUUGGCUAGACUGUGCUAGUGACUUUAAUAGUUUCUGGAAAACAGCCACUUUAGGAUAGGGGGGAUCUGGGGAGUUUACUUUAGUAUAGGGUAGCAAAAUUCAGCUGACCUAGCUCUGGUAUAGGUUAAGGGUUCCAGCAGGGUCGCAGCGGCACAUCCCCCCCCGGCAUGCCCUUUGUUACAUCCCUCAGGGACCUAAACUAAUCGCAACAAAAUCUGGGCUACCAAAAAACCAAUAAUUUUAAUUCCUUUUAGGUCAGCUACAAGUGUUUUUAAAAGUUUCUAUGAUGAACAUUAACACUGCCCAAACAGUAUGUAUACGUCAAUGUAACCCUUAUAUGUUUUCUUGAUUUAUCAGGAGAAGCUCAGCUUGAACUGUGUAUCAAGUUCAGCGGUACAGGAACUCAUGCGAGGUAUCAGACUCCAGCUGAACAGUCUUAUCACAGGUAAUCAAGGAAAAUACCAACUAUGUAUUAGUCUUCGUCCUUCAAAUGAGUUAACCCAUUUGCUCCUGAACCAUCAAUAGCUGGCAGUUUGGAUCCAUGAUCACUGUACCAUUUGUGAUGUCAUCACCUUUAAUGGUCAAGGACACCUUUGUCAUCUUACCUGUACUUGUGCAGGGGGGAUAGAUCUUUCAAAAAAUGCCAGAAUGAGCACAUUUCAGUCAAAGAGGCUAGAGAAGAUGGCAAAAAGUACAUGCAUGUAAAAAUUGACCCCAAAAUUCCGAUGAACCAACCAUUAGUAUUAUUUAUUCUGUUUUAAUUGGUUUUUAAUUUUCUGAUUACCUGUGACAGAGAUAAAACUGGUUACAUAUUUCUCUUUCAUUCUUUUGUAUUUGUAGGUCUCCCUGAUAAGGAAAUGAGUGCAAUGGCAUUAGGCCUGGCACACAGGUAUGCACCCAAAUCAUACACAGAGAAUAACGCCAAUUCUUGAAAUGUUAUGUAAGGAAGCUACUGGUAUUAUUUUGAAAACUGUUUAUUUUACAUCCUAAAGCCUAAAAUUCACGUAUAAGAAAAAAUCCUUUGAGUUUUACAGUUGACUCUCUCUCAAUGGACAGGUCGCCUCCUCAUACACCUAAAAAAAAACCGACUGCUAGAGUUGGUCCCUGCCUUUCUUUACUCCCUUUAUUUGACUCUAGAAGACGGACAUAACUGUUAGACGGACACUUCGUGCUACAACCAGUUGCAAAAGCACUUGAGACACUGUACCAUAUUUUGGCAUAAAUGACCUGUCCAUGAUCGAUCUUGUGCUUGUGAUCCCCCCUCCACCCCUUAUCAAAGUUGCUAGCAAUACAAGAUCAUGCUCAAAUCUUGGAGCAACAACUUUGAAUGGGAGGGAGGAGGGAGGUCAGUAUUAUAUCUCACAGACCUGUGCCCAGGAGCGAUUUGAAGCAAGAAAGGUUGGUUUUCAGGGAGUGUCUCAACAUUUUUGCAACUAAUUGUAGCCCCAAAGGUAUCCAUCUAAGAGAGAGUUGACUGUAUAAUUAUUAUUGUCAACUUUUUCUUCACUUCUCAACCCUUUAAGCCCCAACAGAUUCAACAUACAUCUUCUCCACACUGUUCUUCAUACAUUCUUUAUGGUAGUGCUGGAGAGAAUUUGUUCUAACAUCACAUUAAUUCAUCUUUAAUUUGGUGAUCAUUUCAUUAAUUCUCAUCUGACCUGUCCUGGUUUGAUCAGGCAGUGUUAUUGUUGGGAGAAAUUAGAUGCUGGUCACUGUUGGGGCUUAAAGGGUUAAAGAGACCAAAAAAAACAUUCGCAAAAAGUACUUUGGAAAAUUUCUGCCAAAAGGGGUCAUUUGAAUGGUAAUACCAUAGGAUUUCACACACAGAUUUAAAGGUUAGAUUGACGAAGAAUCUCUCUAUAACUUGGUCCAGAAAUGAAAGGGUUUGGAUGCCAUUUAUAUAAAGGGUCUGUGAUUAUAUAUCCUUCUUCCCCAAUCAUGUUUUCACCACAAGAUUAUUAACACUCUUAAUGACUGAUUUAAAGAGAUGAUUCCAAUAUUUAAUAUCCUUGACUGGUCUAUAGUUGCAGUGAUUUUGUUACAAAUUGUUAUGGUGAGUCUUGGGACUCAUCUUGUGAACAAACCGUGAGUUCCACCCCAGAACCAUUGAGUUCCAGUUCAAAACACAACAAGGCCUAAAUUGAAAAUGCUUGGGCCUUUAUGUGACCAGACAGAUAAAAGAUAAUUCUUUUGUAAAGCACAACAAAGACUAAAAGAAAUAUGCAUCGUUAAACAACAACCACAGAAAUCACACAAGCAGGGUAAUCUGCAAAAACAUCUUCAGAUCAAUUGAUCAAUCGAUCUUUGCAUCCUACGGGACGCAUGCCAUGAACUUUUGUGUGUCUUUGGAGAUAUUUUUUGCGUCAGGGACGCAGGACACAGAGGUAACGAAAUCACUGUAAUUGGUUAAUUAAAUGUUGUUCGUUUUAGCUUGUCGCGCUACAAACUCAAGUUCAGCCCAGAUAAGGUUGACACCAUGAUUGUGCAGGCCAUUUCUCUUCUUGAUGACCUGGACAAAGAGCUUAAUAACUACAUCAUGCGUUGUCGUGAGUGGUAUGGCUGGCAUUUCCCAGAGAUGGGCAAGAUAGUGACUGAUAAUUUGGCAUAUGCCAAGACUGUUAAGGCAAUGGGUAAGUAAAAAGGUCAGAAAAGCUCAAAUGUAUAAAUUGUUUCUUUUUUCUGUUUUAUAAGAUCUGGGAAUAGUAGUUUGGCAACAUUAAUUCAUGAGCCAGAACAUUUUGCCACAUGUUGUAUGAAUUAAGUUGCAGCCAGACAUGAGCCAUGACGGGGUUGAGUCUUGUGCCUGAUGUGGGCUUCAUUCUUCUUGUAGCUUGUAAUAAGCACUCAGGAUUAUUCCUACUUCUCAGCCUCCUAGCUAGAUGAGAUGCUUGUCAAUCACAGGUUUUCCCCCAGCCCAGCAGUAUCAUUUACCCCAUUUAAAAAAAAAAUGAGACAGAGUUUCUUGUCUAAAGAAACAAAGCAAUGUUGCAAGUCGUCAUCAUGUAAAGAAAGUUGUGUCCGAUGGCUUGUUGCUAGUGGAUUUCGCUGUCGGUGAUUGGGCCAGGCUGUCAGCAGUUGCAAGUGUCAUUUCCAUUUUGGAAAAGAACAGAAUAAUUUAUCAUCCAGCAGGAUUUGUGAUUACCAGCUGUGCUUGGUUUUCUUCUGUCUAGGUACCCGAUCAAACGCUGAACAAACAGAUUUGUCUGAGAUUCUUCCUGAGGAUGUGGAGGAGCAAGUGAAAGCUGCUGCAGAAAUUUCCAUGGGAACAGAGGUAACAUGUUAUUUCUGUGGCAAUGAUUUAUCCUUUGAUUAUAGAAUAAAUAAGUGUUCAACCAAAAAAAAAAAGAAGAUCUUUGGACUAGUUUCAUGUUUAAUUGCCAUUUUGAACCGUCUCAAUAGUAUCAUUUGGUUAUGAGACCAGUAAUUUACUAGCGAUCACAAUAAGAUUUCUAUAAUAUUAAUUAUUGUUCUGAUAUUUCUUUUCCUAUUUCAACUCACGGCACCAUAAAGCGCUCAGAACGAGUUAUUUAAUUAUAUAUUUAAUUAGCUAACAAAAGAGUAGAUGAAUGACCCAUUGUUACUAGUCGUAAAAACAUGGGCAGGCCAGUGAAAAUGGAGAUUUCAUAGCUCCAGCUACUUCUGCCUGGUUGAAUAACUUUUUUCAAUUUACGUUUUUCUUUCCGUCUGUUUUAGAUUUCAGAUGAAGACAUUAACAACAUUAUCUACCUUUGUGAUCAGGUAAUUUAUGUCAUGAAAUUUGGCCAUUUAUGUAUUGGUGAAUAAAUGAAGGUACUUCCUUUGCCCUACAAACGGCUAGUCCUUCGCGUGGCUCUGGUGACCACGUAAAAUGGCGGUCCCAUCUCCACAAGUACUUUCGUGCUAAAUAAAUUGACACUCAAAUAAAGUGCCAUUUUGUUGGUUUAGUCAAAAUGUGUAACCUGUGGCAUGUCUUUACGUGAAUAAAUGUCCGCUAAAGCCUCAAUCUUUCCUGUUUUUAGGUGAUUGAAAUCACUGAUUAUCGAGCACAGCUUUAUGAUUACCUCAAGAAUCGUAUGACAGCCAUUGCUCCAAACUUGACAGUUUUAGUUGGUGAACUUGUGGGAGCUCGACUUAUCGCCCAUGCAGGUAAGUUCUUAUGUUUCCAAACACAUUAACACCCUUUAAGUCCUAAGAAUGGCCAACAAAAAUUUUCUCCAAAAAAAUAUGAAAAUAUGAACAAUAGAAAAAGUUAUGAGAAUUAAUUAGUUGACCACUCAGGGGAACAUGCUUUUAUCUGUUAACAGAUUCUCUUAACCAAUAUGAAACAGUCACCUCAACCUGUCUUUUAAUGGGACGCGAGUGUCACUAAGCCUAGCCUUCGAAAACAUCCGUUUCUCCUCGCUCUUCGUCGAUGGGGACGUUUCGCGCGGAGGAACGAAACGUCCCCGGCGGCGAAGAGCGAGGAGAAACGGAUGUUUUCGCAGGCUACACUAAGCCCCGUGCUUCCUUUGCCACAUCAAAUGGGCAUUUGCAAGGAUCUCCUGACCUAAAAAUAUGAUUAAACCGAUCUUGUUCUACGGGUCUGAAAAAUGAAAAUGAACUUCAAGCCAACAGCAGGGCUUAGACAGAACAGAUACUAACUUACUCCGACAUGUCCAAAAUAUGCACUGGUCAGAGUACGCGUCGCGUGAGCAGAUUUAUGGCAAACUACCACCAUUCGUUCAAAAGUUGACAAAGUGCCGUCUCCAACUUAAUGCUCAAACUUCAACUGCACUUCAGCGGAAGUCUCAGAAGCGAAUUUCAAGACAAGCGCUUCUUUGUUUACCUUUUAUCGCUGGGAAUAUUAUUUCGCCUACGGCCGACAACCAAACGUUUUCCGUUUUCGUUUGAAAAGUGGGGAAUGAGCAGGAAAUUUUGUCGUUCGUUCACAGGAAGUUAUCCUGAGAAUCAUAAGUUUUACGCGCCCGUUCGGGCUCCUUGUUUGAAAUUUUGGGCGCCCGCGGGCUAAUCGUAAGCGCCUCUGGCGCGGACCGGGCAGCCUUGCGGACCAGAAUGCUUGGAGUAAGAUCAUUUCUCAGAGCAUGCAGACCAAUAGGGUCAAAUGAUGGUGACGAUGAAGAUGAUAAGGACCAAUUUAUAGCGAUUUCGUUGUAGAAAAUGGAGCGUUCCAUUUACCUUUGUGAAGGUGUUUCAAGACAUUAUGUAGGUUUUUUUAACGGAGAAUUUUGCCUAUAACCCUAAAAAACAUGUAUUGCUGGUGGUAUUUUUUGCCUUUUUGGUGGAUUUUGCUUUACUUUGAAAUCCACUCUGUUACACAACUGAAGUGAGUUGUGUUUUUUCUCACAGGGUCUCUGCUGAAUUUAGCCAAGCAUCCAUCAUCAACAGUUCAGAUACUGGGAGCAGAAAAGGCCUUAUUCAGGUUUGUAAAAGAGUGUUUGAUUUCAACGCAAAACGAGUACUGUAAAAGUUUAGGGAGGAGCGGUACGUAAGUUGUUUUUGCAUUGAACUAGCCACCGCAGUAGCUCCUGCAAAAAGUCUACGAUUCAAUAUUAAAAAUACAGUUGCCAUUAAGAGCCGGGAGCAGGGGAUUUCCCCCAGCUAUUAUGAAUGUGGUCUCCGGCUACUUUCAGUAGAAAAUAGAAGAAAAAUAGAACCAACUGUACGGAAAACUAAAGAAUGUGCUCAUCUAAUGCGUUUGAAACAGGGCACUCAAGACUAAACAUGACACCCCCAAGUAUGGCUUGAUAUUCCAUGCAUCUCUUGUUGGACAAAGUGCACCCAAGCAUAAAGGCAAGGUAUGUAUCAAUUUGAGUAGUAAAAUAAUAAAUGUCAUAAUCUUCGUAGGUUGUCAUUAACAGCGAGUUAUUUAAUAUUACCUUAAAUUGUGAAUGUUUUUGAUAAUCCGUACUUAAACUUUUAGAACUCACAUAUAUUAUAACAGACUUUUUUCCCGAAAAUAUUUUCAACUUACGAGCUAUGUUUUUCAGCCUGUUCGCAGUGGAUGUUUACCAAAUUUCGCGUCUUACUAUGUUAAAAGACCAUUGGUUUGUGUAGUGAUAUUUAUCAAUGUGGUGUAUUUGGAACUUUAUUUACAGAGGUCUCAGGCCUGCCAGUCAACAUGUGAUUAGUAAACUUUCUAGAGAAUUGUUCUAACUUUGCAUAUACUUUGAAUUUUCAAUUUGCGAAAAAUUCACAGAUCUCUCGAAUGCUUGCCGCGAAAACGUCUCUCGCUGCGCGAGUAGAUGCCCUUGGUGAAGACGCCGACACAGCUAUGGGUAUUGAAAACAGAGCCAAGCUUGAAAUGAGGUUGAAGUCACUAGAGGAGAAUCAGGUUUGAAUCUCUACUUGAGUUUGUAGGUUUAUUAGUCUGUCUUUUAAAGUGUGGAAGGCCAAAAACUCUGACGUCAUGGACUAGUGCUCAUCCGUGAUUUGAUUACAAGCUUUUAAAUGGCGGGAAUUUGUCCGAGAAAAUUGACUGGUAAUACAAUCGUUUCUCCAGCUAUUCGUUUUCAAUCAGAAUGGCUUACUUGGGUUGGUCGAAAUUAAUGCGAUAGCACUAGUAUGGUCGUAUCGCUUUUGAUGGGUUUUUAUUAACAUGAAAACGCAGGUUUUCGAAAUCACCUUGUUGCUAUGCCGGAACUGUCCUGGUCAGUGUAUUUUGGGCAAGGCUCGUCCCCGGUUUGCACUUUAAGCAGAUCUCCAGUGAUUUCUUUGUAAAGUUUGUAGACAAUGCUUACCCAUUGUCCAUUUUUGUUUAACCGCGACCAGGCGUUCUUUUUAUCGGGGGAGCGCGAAAGUUGGCCGACGGGCAAAGGGGUUAAAGAGGAACUUCCUUUGUCGCCCUCGCUACCCAAAGAAGAAAGGAAGAGGGAUUGCCUGAUUGUAGGUUAAUUUUUCUUCAGUCGAUCGGUGAUACUGAUACUCACCUCCUCAAGGAAGUCUAGUCCCUUUUCUGCCAUGCGCUUUCUUUCGCUCAACGUCGGACAUCGAUCACAGAUGGGGGAUAACUCCGGUUGAGCGUUCCUUGUUGUAACAAUUUCUGUUCUUGUGUUUUAAAGCUGCGAAGAAUCAGUGGAACAGGCAAAGCUAAAGCGAGAGUGGACAAAUACGAGAACAAAAGGUAGCCACGUCUAAGAAUCUGAACUAAAGCCACACCCCUCUUCCCUUGCGCGCACGCACGCGAUGAACGAGGUCGAUGCCUAGGAGGAGAACCUCACACAAACCACCGCAUUUUGUGGACUGGACACCUGUUACCAGACCUCCAAGACUGUCGCGCGAGCGAGCAUAUUAGAGAGCUUAAGAUUUGGGGACGAGAGCUAGUACGAGUACGAGAUUUAACUUAAAGUUUUUGCGCUUGUUCUCAAAAAAUAGACACCUCGAAAAGCUUUAUUUUACUUUUUUCACCAAAAAAGUUAGAACGGUUAUUUAUACUGAAGGAGGUUAAGCCCUCUCCCGAUAGCAAAAUGAUAAAACUUCUUACAUUUGAUAACUUGUUCCCGCCACUACGACAUUCUCGCUAAAACUUGUAGUAGAAUGACGACAGCUAUCACGUUUUCCCGCCAAAAUGUAGAGAUUAAGAUUCACGUUUACGCCAAACGGCAGACGUGAAUUAGACGUGAAUUGGGACCACGUGACCAAGUCUUUCCCUUAUUUUCCGUUUACUCUUUGUUGCUUCUACAGAGGAAUAAGUAGUUUUAUGCCAGUUUUAACCAUAGGAAUCGUUCGGGACUGUUUUGAUCUGCUUAUUUUCUAUUGUGAGAAAUUCUCAACAUGAGUCUGACGUUUGCCGUUUGCGGUAAACGUGAAUCUUAAUAGAGAGAUUAAGAUUCACGUUUACGCCAAACGGCAGACGUGAAUUUGUACCACGUGACCAAGUUUUCCCCUUAAUUUCCGUUUACUCUUUAUUGCUUUUAGGCAAAAAUAAGUAGUUUUAUGCCAGUUUUUACCAUAGGAAUCGUUAGGGACUGGUUUUAUCUGCUUAUUUUCUAUUGUGAGAAAUUCUCAACAUGAGUCUGACGUUUGCCGUUUGCGGUAAACGUGAAUCGUAAGAGAGAUUAAGAUUCACGUUUACGCCAAACGGCAAACGUGAAUUUGUACCACGUGACCAAGUUUUCACCUUAUUUUUCGUUUACUGUUUAUUGCUUCUACACAAAAAUAAGUAGUUUUAUGCCAGUUUUAUCCAAAAGAAUCGUUCUGGACUGUUUUUAUCUGCUUAUUUUCUAUUUUGAGGAAUUCUCAACUGACGUUUGCCGUUUGCCGUGUGCCGUAAACGUGAAUCUUAAUCUCUCUGUAAUCUCUCAAAUCUCUCUAAUGACGCUGGUUCACGCGUGAGUAACACGUUUUUUUUUAAUUUUUUAAUUUUUUUAUUUUAUUUUAUAAUCACACUUGGCAUUCACUUACAAUACAGCUACACGGUACUUACUUACAACAAGACUACAAAAUUUACUUACGUUACAGCUUUACUACUUACUUGUUUGCUACUUACUUACAUUAAAAUACCUAAAACUAGUUUACAACAAACAAAAGGACUACUAAAGACAAUAAAUAAAUGAAAAGAAAAGAAAAGAAAAGAAAGAGAAAGAGAGUCUGACGAGUCUGAAGAGUCUGACGUUUGCCGUUUGCGGUAAACGUGAAUCGUAAUCUCUCAAAUCUCUCUAAUGACGCUGGUUCACGCGUGAGUAAUACUUAGUAUUGAGAAAAUCUCGUACUCGUAGUUGUUCUCGUCCUCGAAUCUAAAGCUUUCUAUUGCUAACCUGGGUACCAAAGAUUUUAUUCUCGCGCGCGGCGCCGAAGGCUUUUCGUGCGCGUCACUUUACAAAAUUGACCGAAACUUGAAACCGCGCAUAAGAAGUCCCUGGAACCCAGGGUAGUAUAUUUCAAGCGCGCAAAUGGGGCGAAUUGGUGAGAGGGCGGCGUCUCUUUCCAGGUAGCCUGAGAUCAUGCCCUCUCCCUAUUAUCCCUUUAUGUCUCUCACGGGAAGAGGGCAUGAUACAUUUCUUUGUCGGAUCACAUGAAAAAAUGCCAGAAUCUGGACUUUUUUCUGAUUGGAUAGGAAACAAUGCGGAUGAUUUGCGCUGUUCCGAUUGGCCAAAAUGACGCCAUCCGUCAGUUGUUGUUGAUUUCAGUCUGCAUUUUUGCUUGCGUGAUAAGCAGUGAAUACACACGCGAGUUCGUUAUGAAAUUUCUGCCCGCUCAGUUUUCUUGAAUUUGAAGAAUGCCUAAAUAGAAGUUUCAUCCAUUGAAAUAUUUACCAUCUCAUCGUAUACCAAAACAGUUGCAGUCAAAACUUCACCGAUCAUUUGAAUGCAAUUUGAUACCGGCUACAAGUUACAGAAGCGACAAACGGGUUCACUUUUCAAAUAAUCAAUUCAUGAAUGGAAUCUUGACCUGGUUUGACUGUAUUUCCUCCUUCAGAAAUCACGCUGCGAAUUCUUCUGAGCGAUCUUCGCUUUCACAACACCUUUCAGUUCGUGAAAUAUGGUGCUUCAGCCUAAUUUUUUUUCCACUGCUUUCGUAGUAUAGAACGAAGUCAACGAGCUUUAACCAGUAAAUUCUUUAUUAUUUGUAGCUAUUCACAAAGGUACGACAGCUCCAGCUAGCAGUAUUUCAUCACAAAAACAACACAUUAAUUUUUUUUUUUUUUUUACGAAGCGCCAUCUGAACACGGACGUACUUAAAAAUUUUUUUUCCCCUAAAACUGAUUUCAAAUGAGACAUUAUUCGCGCCAAAAUUUGAUUCCCGUUUGGUAAACGCUUAUUGGCUAAAAACAUGACAGGUCAAGCAAACGUUAGAUUAUGUAAAUUAGGGGGCGGUUGACUGCUUGUUAAAUAAAUGUAUCAGGCGUUAUUUUUUUUCCCUCUCGAGCCAAAGAAGCAAAAAAAAAAAAAGACGCCUGAUCUCAGGUUACUUUCCAGGUGCCCCGUUUCUCGUAAGUCCCGAUAAUUUAUGGGCCAUGAAAGCUGUUGUUCUUUACGUUCAGGGUCGAGGUUUCAAUAGUUGUUCAGAUAAUAUGAUGAACUUCCAGUUAACAGAACACUUGGACUGCUACUAUAGUUAGGACCAGCGUUCUAUUUCUUUAGAUUUUGAUUUGAAUAUUUGGUGUCGUGCCCGAAAAGUUAAAAGUUACCCGAACUUUUGCGACUUUGUUCGAAGGAAUUGGGGAAAUAUCUAUCUAUUGAAAUUACUCCAGAAAAAGAAAGCUCUUGACUUGAGCUCCCCUCACCCCCACCCCCCAAAGGAAAAGACAUAAAAGAAGAGCCAAGCGUAAUGCGUUUUCCUUACCAGUAGCACUGUCGUUUCUUUUCCUUAGCGAGGUGAAGACGUACAAUCCUGCUGCGGACUCAACAAUUGAAACGCCUGGAAAGAAACGAAAGAGAAGCGAGCAAAAUGGAGAUUCGACGCCAGCUCCAAGUGUUCCGGAUACACCAGUCACCCCUGCCACUGAGGAAGGUCUGUGUACAAUAAUAAAGCAAUUCCGUCCCCAGAUUCGCAAUCCUUUUGGCCAGCGGCACGGAUCGCCUUAGCUGGGAGCAGAAUUUCGCGCAAGCGCAGUAGUUUGACAUUUUCGCACCGGUGUUUCACAUGUCCGAGACUGCAAAGAAAGCGGAAGUCUAUGAUUUGAGACUUCCGGCUUCGGAUCAGCCAGAGCUUUUGAUCCAUGGUGCUGGGCAAAAGGAUCGCAGUAACUGUUAGGACGGGAAUGACAAUAAGCGAGUUUCGCAGUCAUGCGUAGCCUGAGAAAACAGUCGACAUUUCCCGACGUCUGACAAACCAGCGCAGAAAUCAUGCUGAUGAGAUUUGGGUAGCUAGUGCUUCUGAUUGGUCGUGCUGCGUGGGAAAUUUACCUCAGAGGUCAUUUCGCGGGGAAGCCAGUGGUGGCGUCGCGAAAACUCAGCUGUUUACUCAGGCUAUCAUGCGCAGGACUCAAACAUCUGCAUUUUUGUAGGCCUAGAUACAAAUGUCUUGAAAAACAACCGUAAUUUGUUCACGGAAAUUCUGAAAUUCUUCAUGAAAUUUCGUGAGUUUCGGCUUUGUUUUGGGUUUGCUUUCUCGCGUUUGGAUAAGAAAUGGAAAUGGUUUCUUACUGCAGAUGAUGGGGAAACUCCUGCUAAGAAACACAAAAAAGAGAAGAAGAAGAAGAAAGAAAAGGAAGCCACAAAACAGCCUGAUGAACACGACGAAGAGGAAAUGGAAACAUCAGCAACUGUGGUGAGAACACCUACCUGCCCUGUUGUUUAGUCGAUUCUCCCAAUUUUUGGUGCAUCAGUGUGUUUAGUAUUCCAGCUCUAUAUACCCUUCGUUACCAUUUUCAGCUAGACCAUAAUGUACCUUGUUUAUCCCUCCCCACCCCCCUGCCGCAAAAAAAUUAAAUUAAAUUAAAUUAAAUUAUAAAUUUCAUAACCAUUGACCACUCCAGAAAAUACCAUAACAUACUAUAACGCUCUUUGUUUGUCACCCCAAAAUUUUGCAUAAGCAUUGUUUUCACUUUCUCUUGGGGCCAUUUUAAGUCCCAAGAGAAAUUGAAGACAAUGCUUAUGGAAAAUUUUGGGGUGACAAACAAAGAGCGUUAUAGUAUGUUAUGGUAUUUUCUGGAGUGGUCAAUUUUCCGAUUUCUCUUGGGACGACUGUAAUACUCAGGAGAAAUUGGAAACGAUGGUUAUGCAAGAUUUUUGAGGGUAAACAAGGUGCAUCAUGAUCUAUGUAAAAAUGGUGAACGCAGAAGAAGCUAGGAAUGUCACGUUUUAAUCUCUUACCGAAAUCUCCUGUGGACGAAGACGGCUUCGUUAACAAGAGGUCUGGGUACGAGAUUGGAAACGUUAUUCAGUCCAUAGAUCUCUCUCGUAGAAGGAAAAGCGAUCGCAGUUUUCAUAGCUACAACUGUUUCAGUAAACUUUCUCGGAUUAUAAGGUGACAGUAAUCCUUUGUCUUAAAUGUGCGGUUGUCAGUGCCAUAGAAUGGAAUAAAUAGACACAAAUGUUUACCUUUGUGAUUUUGUGAUAGUGGAAUUGCUGUAUGGCCUGUUUGGGUACAUUUUCGCGACAUCGCCCUUAUUUAUAAAUGAUCUCUUUCCGACGGUUUUCCGACAGUCGAAUCUUUCGUAAAAAGCCACUCGAAAUGCGAAGCUAAUUUAGGGGUCGCUUAAGGCAACCUGGUCACAAUGGGUCUCUGCCGGGUAGAGGUCUCGACACAUCUACUUUUCUUAGUUACGAUGCGUGCAGUUUCGUUGCCAUCACCAAAAAGUUCUUUGUAUGAUCUCAGAAGCGUAGUACAUACAGCGAAAAUAGAGAUGAUCAGAGCAUGCGUCAAGUGGUCGCUUACAGGAAGUUAAAAACAAUCAGGGUUCUCAAUAGAUUUUUAAGUAGGAGGUGGUCACUGAUAAAGUAGGAGGCUCUUCAGCAAAGCCAGAGGUGUCAAAACAAAGCAAAGAAAAGCGACUUAAACACAAAGUAAGCGGCUAUAAAUCCCAAAGUAAGCGGCGAUCAAUCGCCGGGUGCCGCCUUCUAUUGAGAACCCUGAACAAUAGAAAGUUGAAAAACAGUUACGCCCAAAAGUGGUCGCGGUCGCUUAACCCUUUAAACCUCAACAUCAAAAUUCAAAUUCUCAUUUGUUAUCCCCAUACGUUUUCAAUAGAAGUAGUGGGGAGAAACUGGUAAAAUUUCAAGCAAAUCAUGUCCUCAAUUCUCAUGACCACUGUGUUUUAUAAAGCAGUGAUAUUACAAGGAGAAAUUUGAUCACUCUUAGGCCGUAAAGGGUUAAGGGAGGUGAUCUUUUCACGAAGAGAGGUUGCAACUGGCUUUGACCGGAAACACCGUUGGUGUUUUGUUUAGGUGGUCGCACAUGGAGGUUCAACUGAAGCUGUGUUAUAGUAACGAAACGAUUCAAGAGCAAAAAUGUUUUGUUGUUAAUUGUUGUUGAAUUCACUCGCGGUGUUUUUUACGUACACUCCUCUAACUCGUUGAUUAUAAAUGACUUUACUUAGUAAAUAAUGAGAAAAAAACACUGGAUUCGAAUGAAAUAUCAAUUUAUUGUGAAACAAGGAAAUACUUUUUGUUUUGUUUGUUUUUGACAGACGCAGAAAAGCGAAGAAAAAAAGAAAAAGAAGAAGAAGAAGAAGGAAAGGAAAGAGGAAGAUUCUGACUAA